AUGCAGAUCAUUGAUUUACAGAACAAUACAAUAUUAAAAGAAAAAUACAAUAAUGUUGAACUUUCAAUUUUUUAUUCGAAAUAUAUUGACACGGAGACAUAUCCUAAUCUCCGAAACAACGCAUUACGAAUGAUGUCUCUUUUCGGCAGUACUUACACUUGUGAACACAUUUUUUCACGAAUGAAAAUUGUCAAAUCUAAAACUAGAGCUCGGUUAACUGACAUUCACUUGGAAAAUUCACUCAGAAUUGCAUCUUCUCAGAUCCAACCAAAUAUCAAAAAAUUAGUUCGUGAAAAACAUUGUCAGUUUUCACAUUAA